AGCAUAACACUCAGAUCGAAAUGGUCAGUUGCGAAACGACUUGUGCAAAGACAGCAAGCCAUCUUGGCCGUACUCUCUCGGUGAAAUUUAAAUUUCUCUUGAACGUUAAACAACAAAAUGAUUGGUGAAGUACUUGUGGUGUUUUCAAUAGUAUCUACAAUUAUCUUAGUUGCAGUUGAAUGUUGGAAAGUGUAUUUGAAUGAAACGAAACUCAAAGCAUUUCAUCAUCAAACAAGUAUUCCAGUUUUUGGCCGGGCAUUACAUCUUUUGGGCAAAAACAAUGAAGAAAUUAUGGAAUCGUUUUGUCAAGAUCAUGACGAUCUGACCUAUAUUUGGGUUGGACCUAUCCUUUUGUUCCAUGUUUCGUCGCCCGAAGAUUUUCAACAAAUUUUAACGUCGGAUAAGUGUUUAAAAAAAGCAUUUGUAUAUGAAUUUUUAUACAAUCGCACCGGUAUAUUGACCAGUGAGCCGAGUAUAUGGAAAGAACAUCGUCGAGCAUUGAAUCCGACACUCGGUCCGAAAAUGGUGAAAAGAUUUAUACCGAUUUUCAACGAUAAAUCACGAAAAAUGGUCGAUCUGAUGGAACGAAAACUUGGUAGCAAAAUUGAUAUGCAACGAACUAUGUUCAAGGCAGCGGCUGAAACAAUUAUGACCGCAUCGUUUGGUCUGAAUUGGCCAAUGCAGAAUAAACGUGGCGACGAUAUUCAUGAUUUGAUCAUAUUCAUAUUGGAAGGACUGCAGAAGCGUGUUCAACGUGUUUGGCUUUGGAACCCCGUCUACAAAUUUACACAAGAAUACAAACGAAAUAUUGUGAAAUUUCUAGCAUUUUAUCGAUUUAAUCGCAGUGCAUUAGAAACGAAAAAAAUGCAAUUGGCCGAAAAACUUGAGCAUGGUGAAGAUGAACUUGCAAUCGCCAAAGAAAAUCACAACCAGAAUUAUUUGCAAAAAUGUUUGCAAUUGGAGUUCGAACAAAAAUGGACGGACUUGGAAGUUUGUGAAGAAAUGGACACGAUUUUCGUUGGCAGUGUAGAUACAUCAGCAACAACAAUUUGUGGUAUUACAUUAAUGUUAGCCAUUCAUCAAGAAUAUCAAGAGCGUGUUGUUGACGAAAUGCGUGAAAUUUUCGAAGAUGUUGACGAACCAGUGACCAAUGAGCAUCUUGCUCGAAUGACAUUCUUGGAACUUGUCAUCAAAGAAUCAAUUCGGCACUUCCCAAUUGCACCUUUUAUUGGACGUGAGUGUACAGCUGAUUUCGAGAUCAACGGCGGUGUCAUUCCAAAAGGUUCACAAAUCUUCUUAAACGUACUUCGAAUGAAUAAAAAUCCCAAAUUUUAUGGUGAAAAUGCACAUGUAUUUUAUCCAGAGAGAUUUUUACCUGAAAAUUGCUCAAACUGGCAUCCUUAUCUUUACGUUCCGUUCUCCGCUGGUCCAAGAAAUUGUAUUGGCGCACGUUAUGCUUGGGCUUCGCUUAAAAUAGCUAUGGCAUAUAUUUUGAGACGUUUCAAACUCACAACCCACUUGAAAAUGCAGGACAUUGUCAUAAAACCGGAAUUGCUUUUAAAAAUUGGCAACGAAGAUCCAAUUCGCCUCGAAAGAAGAGAAUGGUGAUGUUAACAAAAAUUCCAAAGACGAAUACCAGCCAAAUCAAUAAUAAUAUUCUUUUUUUGCUUUAACAGCUUUUCAUAUGCGUUGCGCAAAAAGUUGAAUAAACCUACAGUAUCCAAAUAUCAGUUUUUCGCAUUUAUACUUUCGUUUUAGGUAGCAUCAUCAGAAUAAACAAAAAAACAUCAUUGCAA